AGGCAGUGUGUAGUAGGUCUACAGUAGGGAAGCUGCCAUUAGCUACAAGCUAACAAACGGCUAACUUAGCUUGUUAUCACUGUCGUUGGGAACUCGAUUGAGAAAUAUACGUCUGGCGUGUACAUAAUUUUGCUAUGUCUCUAUAGGUGUGUAUGCCUCAUGGGGUACUGAUGUGAGGAACGGUGGGAGAAGGUGUGCAAUAUCAGAAUGGAUGGGCAGACACAAAGGAUCCAGCUUGUGUCAACAGACAACAGCAUGGCUUUAGGACAUCGAAUUCAGAUUGUAACUGAUCAGCAAACUGGCCAGAAGAUCCAGAUUGUCACAGCACUUGAACCGUCCUCCCCUGGAAAACAGCAGUUUAUCUUAGCAAAUGCUGACUAUUCCUCUGGUGGGAAGGUGAUUCUGGCAAAGCAGGAAGGCUCACCAAACAAGGUCAUCCUCGCAACUCCAGAUGGGUCUGGGGUGAACCAGCUGCUGUUCACCACCCCUGAACUAGCUGGACAGCAAAUUCAGUUUGUGACUGAAGGGUCAGACCAGUCUAUUAUCAAACCAGUAGUUGAGUAUUGCGUUGUUUGUGGUGAUAAAGCCUCAGGGCGUCAUUAUGGAGCUGUCAGCUGUGAGGGUUGUAAGGGCUUCUUUAAACGCAGCAUAAGGAAGAACCUGGUGUACACGUGCAGGGGCUCUGGAGAGUGUGCCAUUAAUAAACUACACCGAAACCGCUGUCAGUAUUGUCGACUGCAGCGCUGUAUAGCUCUGGGCAUGAAACAAGAUUCUGUGCAGUGUGAAAGAAAGCCUGUUGAAGUCAGCAGCAGAGAAAAAUCUGUGAACUGUGCAGCCUCCACAGAAAAGAUCUACAUCCGCAAGAACCUUUGUAGUCCCCUGGCUGCCACACCUACUUUUGUAUCCGACAAGGAAACUGCUCGGUCUACAAGUUUACUUGAGUCAAGCAUGUUGCUCAACAUCCAGCAGCCCUUCUCCAAGCUGGAAAACACCAUAUUGAUUCCAGCUUCCCCUGAUAAGGAUGACCCAUCUCAAGGUGAUCUUGGUACACUGGCAAAUGUAGUAUCAUCACUUGCCCACCUUAACAAAACCAGGGAAUCUAGUGACAGUGGGAAUGAUAUGAUGGGUGCUGAAACACUUAGCAAUGGUGACGGCUCAGUGACAGACAUCCAAGCUGAUGAUCAAACUGCGAAUGAUAUCACCAGAGCUUUUGACACGCUGGCUAAAGUCCUCCAACCCGGUGAUGGCUCAGCAGGAGAUUCCUUGGAUGCCACAAUGCAGCUGAUGUCAGGGGACCAGUCUGGUCCUGUGGUGGAGCUGGAAGGACCCCUGCUUUCUGACAGCCAUAUUCCUUUCAAGCUUAUGAUGCCUUUGCCUGUGCCAGAGUACCUUAAUGUCAACUACAUUUGUGAGUCAGCGUCCCGGUUACUUUUUCUCUCUAUGCACUGGGCACGCUCCAUACCUGCCUUUCAAACCCUCAGCGGUCAAGACAAUGACAUUAACUUGAUGAAAGCCUGCUGGAAUGAACUUUUUGCCCUGGGCCUGGCACAGUGUUCUAACAUUAUGAAUGUUGGUACCAUCCUAAGUGCCAUUAUCAACCAUCUGCAGACCAGCUUACAGGAAGAUAAACUUUCCCCAGAGAGAGUAAAACUAGUAAUGGAGCACAUAUGGAGGAUGCAGGAGUUCUGUAACAGCAUGUCCAAGCUGUCACCAGACUCGUAUGAAUAUGCCUACCUCAAAGCCAUCGUUCUCUUUAGUCCUGAUCACCCAGGCAUAGAUAAUACUCCACAGAUAGAGAGGUUCCAAGAAAAGGCCUACAUGGAGCUGCAGGACUACGUAACCAGGACCUACCCAGAAGACUGUUAUCGGUUAUCCAAGCUGUUGCUGCGUCUUCCAGCCCUGAGGCUGAUAAGUGCAGCUGUGACUGAGGAGCUGUUUUUCGCUGGGCUUAUUGGAAACGUACAGAUCGACAGCAUUAUCCCAUACAUCCUAAAAAUGGAGUCCACCGAUUAUAAUAGCCAAGCAGUUUCUGGCAUCUGACAAAUGGCCAAAAGUGACAGCAAAGCUGAAUUGUGAAAACUGGACUGAAAAACCAUUCAGCAAGCUCAGCAGAUCAGUUACUGAAUGGUUAAAACAUAAUGUAUUUAUGAGUCGUUAUCCUUCAUUAAUUCUGUUUUUCUUAGUUUGCUCCUAUGCCUGACUCCUCAGUAACAAGUCAGUAGACCUCCGCUCAUAAAGAGGAUAAAUAAGAUCAAUUCAGAGGCAGGCAAGCCUGCCAGCAUCUGCUUGUACAAGAAUCUACCCUUGAAACUCGCAUUGCAGAUUGUGCUUUUUAUUGAGUCGUAUUUUAAUGCUUUAUAACCUCCAAGCCUUUCUUUUUUUGCAGAAACUGUUUGUACUUUGAAUUGGCAUGGUUUGUUUUCACAGCUUUUCCUAAAUGGCCAUGUUUUUUUUGUUUUGUUUUUUUCUUUUGUGAAAGCGAGAGAGAGUAAUAAUCAGGAGAAAAAAAUGUGUGACCAAAUGUGAAUUAAUUUGUGAGAUAUUACCAUGAAAGGGUCUAACCUUUAUUUCAUAUUCUUUUGCCAGUCCAAAGGAUUGGCUGCAUCAUUUGUCAGGAAUUGGGCAUCAUGUGGAUCUGAAGUUAUUAUGUACAUAGAUUUGUAUAUAGAAUGCACCAAGAAUGCUACAAUGAGCAGCACUUGGCAAUUUGUGGAUUCUUAUUGUUUUGAACAAAUUAAUGUGGAUGGAAAAUGAUGGUCAUGUCAUUUGAAAAUAAAAACAUCUUUCAGUCA